AUGGAAAAGCAAGCAUCUCUCCCUGCCAUCCAGCGCAGUAUCUGGGCGGGUCGAAUACCGCUGAAAAUCAUUUUGGCUCCAGCGGAGAGUCGGACGUUUGAUCAGACCAAUCCAUACCUUAUCUCUUUCCCGAGAGUCUCAUAUCUCCCAUCAUUACUUCCGAGACUUCGAGCUUUCUUCGCAUCGUCUUUGAUCAACCCAGACGCCGAACACCAUCAAGGGUGGUUUGCCUUCGAAGGCGUGCCUUUGAAAUGGCACUAUCCGAUCGGCUUACUGUUUGAUCUUUACGCGGGAGUUGACCCUGCUUCAAAGGCUAUCCUGGGGGUGAACAUCGAAGAACUUGUCCGCCUCGACCCAGAGGGAAUGGUGUUGAAUGAUGCAUUCAUCAACAGCGUUAAAGAAGCGGACUUUCUGCGCAACGGUACGGCCAAAGGUAUCAUGAGUCUCUCCAAGGAAGACUCCGCCGGCCUCUGGAAGGCAGUGGAGAAUGUCGACCUUCCAUCUUUUCAACGCAUCUCAAAUAUCCUCAUCCCCCCACCAUCACAGCCGUUCCGCAACGUCCCAAUCCGCAUCUUCUUGCCACUUCCCCCAGAUGAAGAGUCACCAUCACUGAAAGUGGUCCAGUCACCACUUCCGCCUUUGAUACCGAGCUCCAGCAUUCAGUCUAGCCAAUCUGUUAGCGCCCGCUCAAGCCCGAGCACACAACCUCAGACCAUCGGCGGUGUUUUACACACCCUUCUCCCCAAUCUGUUUCCCAGUCGACGGACCCCAGUUCUUGCGAAGCCUGUUCUACACGGAGCUGUCCUCCCUAUGUCUUCGCCCAUUGAAGAGGUGGUCAGAAGCGCUGCCUACGGGGAUGGAUGGGCUUAUGUAGUUGUUCGGAUGAUGGGAUAA